CCAACAACAUUAAGAGAAAAUAAAGUGUCAAAUAAUAGUAUAACGCAGAAAACACAAAAAAGAAAUAAGGAAAAAUGGUUGGCUCCAUUUGGCUUUGUCUUAAAAAGAACCCUUUAAAAAUAGAAGUUCCCUCUGGUUUAUAUAGCCAGAAUACACUAGAAUGAUGAUGCACUGGGGGAAUAGAGAGAAAACAACAUCAACGUAAAAAUAAGAUUUGUUUGGUUGGUGUUGUUUUCAUCCUGAAUUUUCUGUGUCAUUGAUGAAGAAAAUGUCUUCUAACAACAUUUGCCCCCUCUCAUUCUUCAUCAUGUUCUUCUCAUCAUAUCUUCAUGUUGGUCUGUGUCAAACUAGCCUUGACCAGCUCCUACCUGGUCUAGGGCAAGGUAGCUUUCUACAAGAUGCACAAUGCAUACAAAAGUUGGUGCCAUGCCAAACAUAUUUGAAGUCUCAAACCAACCCUCCUCCUGAGACUUGUUGUGCACCAUUGAAGGAGUUGCAUGACAAUAAAUCACCAUGCAUCUGCAAUAUCCUUAACAAGCCUUCUCUCCUUCAGUCUGUUGGUGUUUCCAAGGAUGACCUCUUGAAGCUCCCUCAAGCUUGCAGCAUUGAUACAGACUUUUCUAGCUGCAACGGAGGAUCUCAAGAUGGAGAGUCACCAGCAGCAGAAGGUGAAGGUUCUGUACCUGAUGAAGACAUAGCUGAAAGAACAAGUUCAACAAAAACUAUUACUCCAUAUGAAAUCACUUCUCUUGGUGUACCUGGCUUUGUUGCAUUGUUGAGUGCACUAGUAUUUUCUUCAUACUAGAGUUUUUUCAUGUCAUGAAUACCAAUGAAUAAAGAACAAGUUCCCAGAACUCUCCAUAGUGCAACCAACACAUUUUUCAGUUUAAUUUUUCAGUGGCAGAUGUAUAUUUAGUGCCAUCAUCAUUGAUCAAACUCAAUUUACAUUACUAAACAAACUUGUAAGAAGGUUCAUUCUUAUUCUUUUGUCUGUACACAUUUUAGAAAACAGUCUAUAACAUAGUUUUUUUUUUUAAAA